GUGGAGAUUGCUCGACCUGUCCUUCAGUCCCAGCCUUCUGUCGGUCCGCUGGAGGUGGCUCCGCUCGGGUCCUGGUGGAGUCGGAGGUGGCUGUGAGGCUGUAACAGUCUCAGUGACUCGGACCCUGAGUGAUGUCGGAGCCGGAGCCGCAGCCGCGGGGCGUGGAGCAUGACCUCUACCGGGACACGUGGGUUCGAUACCUGGGCUAUGCCAACGAGGUGGGGGAAGCUUUCCGCUCCAUGGUGCCUGCAGCUGUGGUGUGGCUGAGCUAUGGUGUGUCCAGCUCCUACGUGCUGGCCGACGCUAUUGACAAAGGCAAGAAGGCGGGAAAGGUGCCAAGCCAUGAAGCAGGUCGAAGCACCAGGGUGACUGUGGCCGUGGUAGACACCUUUGUGUGGCAGGCUCUGGCCUCUGUGGCCAUCCCAGGCUUCACUAUCAACCGCUUGUGUGCUGCUUCUCUCUAUGUCCUGGGCACUGCCACCCGCUGGCCCCUGUCUGUCCGCAAGUGGACCACCACCACACUUGGGUUGCUGGCCAUCCCCUUCAUCGUCCACCCCAUUGACAGGUCGGUAGACUUCCUCCUGGACUCCAGCCUGCGUAAGCUCUACCCAUCAAUGGGGAAGCCCAGUUCCUCCUGACUCUGCCCUGCUACCUGGCCUGUGGGUUGGUCCACUCACAUAAGGGACUGUGGCUCCUUGACUGUCUAUGGCCCUGGCAUCUGGGUGGGUUGAAGCUGAAAGAAGCUUAGAGUCAAAGGCCUCAAGGAGCAGCUGCUGCAGUGAGUCCCAGAGGUGGGACCCAACCCUCUCUGCAUCAGUGGCAACUGUUGUACAGAAUGGGAGAAGAUCCUGGCUUAAACCUGUCUUUGGAUGGGACAGUUACAUCCUCCCAUGGAGCAUAAGGAUAUUGAGGCCCAGAGAGGGCAAGGAAUAUACCUAAGAUCACAUGGCAAGCUGAGUACCAGGAUGUCCAGCUGCUCAGCUAAGUUACUUUGUGGCAGUGUGGCUCAAGGAUUCAGGGAGAAACACAGAAGCACAGCAUUUGGGACAACUCAGGGCAGAUUCUCCAGCCAGCCCAUCCCUGCUGCAGGAGCUGCUGGGGCUUGACUGGAAGGUAGGACAGCCGUGAACUAAGUGCUGGUCCAAUAAACCUUUAAGAAGUUG